AGUUCAGAGAGCGGAGAGGAGGAGAGCAAAUGAGAAAGGGUGAUUGGGAAAGUUAUCUCGUGAAUUUGGAGAGCGCCGGAAAUUCAGCACCGAAGCUGUCUGUAAGUGCUUCGCGGAAUCUUUGGGCCGGAGAGCUCGGUUUCUUUUCUCUGCUUGGCAUAGGUUAUGAUCCGAAGGAGAUGAUUCGUGUGCUAAAUUGAGGAGAGAGCAUUUCGAGGAUGUUCUUCUCUCGAAUGGACUCUGAGGAGACGUGAACAAUUGGCUCUGUUUCGUUUGUGGUGGUUCUUUGGUUGUAUUGUUUGUUUGCUAUCUUGGUUUUUUGUUUGGGGAAGAGGGCAGUAAGAGAGCGGACUGUGGAGGAAGAGAUGGGGUUCAAUUUGGGGACGGAGCUGGUGCGGCUCGGAAUCGUGGCGACGACCUCUGAUCAUAAGUCGGUGGUGUCGAUUAAUCUAUUUGUAGCGCUGCUCUGCGCUUGCAUCGUUAUUGGUCAUCUUCUUGAAGAGAAUCGGUGGAUGAAUGAGUCCAUAACCGCUCUAGCCAUCGGUUUGUGCACGGGGGUUGUUAUUUUACUGACGACUAAGGGGAAGAGCUCUCAUAUACUUGUCUUCAGCGAGGAUCUGUUUUUUAUAUACUUGCUUCCUCCGAUAAUAUUCAACGCUGGGUUUCAAGUUAAAAAGAAACAAUUUUUCCACAACUUCAUGACAAUCACUUUGUUCGGUGCAGUUGGGACAUUAAUCUCCUUUUUCGUAAUAUCUGUUGGUGCCACUGAGUUCUUUAGGAGAAUGAAUAUAGGCCUUGACAUUGGAGACUAUCUUGCUGUAGGGGCUAUAUUUUCUGCAACGGAUUCUGUUUGCACUUUGCAGAUUCUUAAUCAAGAUGAGACACCUCUCCUUUACAGCUUGGUCUUUGGUGAAGGUGUUGUAAAUGAUGCCACAUCAGUUGUGCUUUUCAAUGCACUCCAGAAUUUUGAUUUAGUGCACAUUGAUGCUGUAAUCAUAUUGAAGUUCAUUGGCAACUUCAUCUAUUUGUUUUUUAGUAGCACUUUGCUUGGUGCAUUUAGUGGAUUGCUAAGUGCUUAUGUCAUCAAGAAGUUAUACUUCGGCAGGCAUUCGACUGAUCGUGAAGUUGCAAUUAUGAUGCUCUUGGCAUAUCUUUCUUACAUGCUAGCUGAAUUAUUAAAUCUCAGUGGAAUUCUGACAGUAUUUUUCUGUGGAAUAGUGAUGUCACAUUAUACUUGGCACAAUGUGACUGAGAGUUCUAGAAUUACUACCAAGCAUGCUUUUGCAACAUUGUCAUUUAUUGCUGAGACUUUCCUCUUUCUUUAUGUUGGAAUGGAUGCAUUAGACAUCGAGAAGUGGAAAUUUGUCAGUUCCAGCCCUGGAAAAUCAAUUGGUGUUAGCUCAAUUAUUCUUGGUUUGGGAAGAGCGGCUUUUGUUUUUCCACUGUCUUUUCUUUCCAAUUUAACUAAGAAAUCUCAGAGUGAAAGGCUCCCUCUUACAAAGCAAGUUAUUAUAUGGUGGGCUGGACUUAUGAGAGGCGCAGUCUCCAUUGCACUUGCCUAUAAUAAGUUUACAAGAUCUGGCCACACUCAACUGCCCGGCAAUGCAACCAUGAUUACUAGCACCAUCACAGUUGUUCUUUUCAGCACAGUGGUCUUUGGCUUGUUGACAAAACCCCUCAUAAGGCUACUACUGCCUUCAUCUCAAAAGCAACUGAGCCGUACUUGCUCUGAGCCCACAACUCCGACAUCCUUGUUCUCCUCGCUACUUGAUAACUCCUCCCUCCUCGAGAAUGGUCGGGAAGGUGAGGAGCAAACCAUUCACCGACCGUCGAGUCUAAGAAUGCUUUUGUUGAAACCUACACACACCGUGCAUCACUACUGGCGUAAAUUUGACGAUAGUUUCAUGCGUCCGGUGUUUGGCGGCCGGGGUUUCGUUCCGUUUGUUCCGGGCUCUCCUACUGAAAGAGAUGAAGGACAUGGAGAAGAAGAGUGAAAUGUGAAAAUGCAUUGGAGAUGAAUAGAUGUUAUUUUGCAAGAACCAAACACCUUUUCCCCAAGAAUGCUUUCCUAUGGAAAUACAGAUUGCUUACGGAUGAUGUAGUGACAUGGCUUGGCUUGUGCAGGUCUUUGAGAUAGGAGGUUCUUUAUGGUUGUGAUGGGUUAUUAGGCUUCUUCAUAUUUCCAAUAGUGUAAUUUAUGUGUGGUUGUGUAAUAUUUUAUUAUUCUUUUGGUUUGUCCAGGUCUUUUGAGAUUAUUUUUAUUUUAAUGGAGGUUUUAGUGACACCUUUGUAUUUGUGGCAGCGCAUUUUGUAGUCGUCUAUGGGUGUGUAUAUCUACGUGUAUACAACUGGAAUCAUUGAAAUUAUAAGAUAGCUUUUUGUUUGGAUCUU